AUGGUCGAGGGAACGAUCGAGAACGACGUCUAAGGCACAGCUUGUAUAUCCCACGCCAAAUUCCAUCUUCUGGUCAAAACCCUCCCUCGAAGAAUUUGCCGGAGGAAGAACAGGGGUAGGAUUCAUUUCCAAAGCACACAGUUUGAAUCUGUGGCUUGGAUCCUCCUCUCGUUGCUCGACCAUGCAACCAGUUCCCCUGCGGCUUUCCCAGACUCUGUGGUCCGCAUUUCGAGCUGCUAAUCCAGCAAACAAGAAGCGCUUGUCGAUACCCAGCUCCCGCCCUUUCUCCUACGUCGUUCCGCCAUGCACGUCCUCGGCAUUGCGUCCUCCAAGACAGUCAAUCGCUCAGCAAGCUCGAUAUUAUAGUAGUGAAAAGUCCGAGACCGAUCGAAAAGUGGAAGAAGCCAAGGCUCGAAUAGAAGAAAGUCUCGAUGCACGAGCAGACCUCGCCGCACAGUCUGACGACAAGUUGAAGGAUCCUAAAGAUGAAACUAUAGUUCAUACCAUCCCAGAGUCUUCUUCCAUUGUCUAUACAAAGGAGCAUGAGUCUACAAGUUCGAGUGCUGCACCAUCAGCAUCCGCAGUUCCUCCCCCUCCACCACGAACACCACCUUCACAAAAUGGCGACCCAGCCGAUAGAUUCCUCCCCUCGGAACUUUCCAAACGGUAUUCAGAGCUUCGCAAACGUUUCACACACCUCAUGGACAAUUACCAAACACACAUCUUCACUGCGUCGCAGCGGCUUAACGACCUGACGGGCUACAGUGGGAUCGAGGCAUUGAAGAAACAAAUCGAGUCUUUGGAGACACAGGUUCAAAACUCGCGACAAUCUGUCAAAGAAUGCAGGGACAGAUACUCCGAGGCAAUUGCAACUCGAAGCACGACGCAGAGAGAAGUCAACGACUUGCUCCACCGGAAACAUACCUGGUCUCCAACUGACCUCGAACGAUUCACAAGCCUAUAUCGCUCCGACCACGCCAAUGAGCAAGCUGAGAUCGUCGCACAGAAGGAAGUGGCCGAUGCAGAAGCCCAGUAUGAGGAAGCGUCGACCAAGCUAGCUAAGAGUAUUCUUGCGAGAUACCAUGAAGAACAAAUCUGGAGCGACAAGAUCCGACAGAUGUCGACCUGGGGCACAUGGGGACUCAUGGGUAUCAAUGUCUUGUUGUUUGUCAUCUUCCAGAUUGCAGUGGAGCCAUGGCGCAGAAAGAGGUUGGUCAAGGGUUUUGAGGAGAAGGUCGAAGUGGCUUUGAGAGAGCGAGAUGCCGAGUUGGCCGCCAUCAAAGCUUCUUCUGGAUAUGGACAGACUCUUCAGCCCAAUCAAUCGACCGCCGAAGGUAUUGCUCAACUCUCGGCUACAGAAAAGGCUGAAGCAGUGGCGGACAAGAUUGCAGAGCAGAUUGUCGAUGCUGUAUCUGGCGCGACGGAGGAUGAUGGACCGAGUCAGUCAACGACCUUGGCUUCGACCUCUCUAAAUCAAGAUUCGACAUCAUCACCACAACCAGACGCCGCCACCAAGAUUACUCCCUCGAUAUCAGAACUCGAAGCCGCAGCUGAAAGCGUGACAAGUCAAGAACUCGACUCGACUGUAUUUUCACCUGACCAAGAACCCACAUCCACUGAACCUGAACCUACAUCUCCAUCUCCAUCUCCAUUCUCACUCUCACUCUCAUCCCGCUGGACAUCACCAUCCUCGAGUCUAGCGUGGUAUGAAGAUUGGAUCCGUGCACGAUUCAGCGACGACCGUCAUGUCAUGUUGACGCAGCGUGAGUUGACCACCGUGGCAAUGGAGGGUGUUGCUGGAGGUAUGGCUAUCAUGGGUCUGCUCUUUGUUUUGUUGAGACCUAGAUAGAGAGAAAAAAGUAGAAAAGUGCAUGAAGCACUGGGGUGGGGGUGGCUGCUUUGGCAUGCUGAACUUCAAUCCCAACUUGUAUAGUAAGACAGACACUAGAUGUAAGACAAUCCAAAGUAUAUAUACAUAUAC